GUUGGUACCUUCGAGGCUUCAGGUCCCGGCUCUUCGCUGGUGGCUUUGGGUCCGUCCGCUCCUUUGAAGAGUCCUUGUUACUCCUGUUGACCUAACGUAGUGAAUGCAGUUAGCCCCGGAGGCUAGCCCGCCAACAGGGUCAUUCCCGCCUCUUAGGGUCGCCGGGACCGCCUGCCCUUCAGCUGCCUCCUUCACCAGAUUUUCAGCUACUGAUGUUACAAACAAUCAGAUACUGGAGCAUAGAGUUGAGGAAAAGACUUAAACCAGAUUUUUCUUCAGUCAGUUAAAAAUAUGGAUCCUGAAUCAGAGGGGCCGCAGAUUACCAAAGUGACACCUCUUCAGCAGAUGCUUGCUUCUUGCACUGGGGCUAUACUGACUUCGCUAAUGGUGACGCCCCUCGAUGUUGUUAAAAUUCGACUCCAAGCCCAAAACAACCUAUUCUCCAAAGGAAAAUGUUUUGUGUAUAGUAAUGGACUUAUGGAUCAUCUAUGUGUCUGUGAAGAGGGAGGCAACAAAGCAUGGUAUAAGAAACCAGGACGUUUCCAGGGUACAUUGGAUGCCUUUUUGAAAAUUGUUCGAAAUGAGGGCAUUAAAUCCCUGUGGAGUGGCCUUCCCCCUACCUUAGUGAUGGCAGUUCCUGCCACAGUUAUUUAUUUUACCUGCUAUGAUCAAUUAUCUGCUCUCCUGAGAUCAAAAUUAGGAGAAAAUGAAAGUCGUAUACCAAUUAUUGCCGGAAUUGUUGCCAGAUUAGGUGCAGUAACUGUGAUAAGUCCAUUAGAAUUGAUUAGAACCAAGAUGCAAUCUAAGAAGUUUUCUUACAAAGAAUUGCAUCAAUUUGUCAGCAAGAAAGUAUCUGAAGAUGGUUGGAUUUCCCUUUGGAGGGGCUGGAUUCCUACUGUUCUUAGAGAUGUACCAUUCUCAGCAAUGUACUGGUAUAACUAUGAAGUUUUAAAGAAGUGGUUGUGUGCGAAAUCUGGUUUAUACGAACCAACAUUUAUGAUCAACUUUACUUCAGGGGCAUUGUCUGGUUCUUUUGCAGCUGUUGCAACUUUGCCAUUCGAUGUGGUAAAAACACAAAAGCAGACUCAACUUUGGACAUAUGAAAGUCAUAAAAUUUCUAUGCCUUUGCCUAUGUCAACCUGGACUAUCAUGAAGAACAUUGUUGCUAAGAAUGGAUUUGCAGGAUUAUUUACAGGCCUCAUUCCCCGUUUAAUUAAAAUUGCUCCUGCUUGUGCUAUUAUGAUCAGUACCUAUGAAUUUGGGAAGGCUUUUUUCCAAAAGCAAAAUGCUCGAAGACAACAAUACUAGUGAUGCUGUUUCAACUUGAAUUAACAACCAAAGCCAAAUAGUAAGAUGGAGACUCUUGGGCAAAAACUCUUUCACCAUUAUCUUAAAAUGGUUUUAUAUAUUUCUUUCUUAUGAUUUAAAUGAGCAGUAAUUUCUACUUUGCCUCUGAAUCAUAACCCUAAUUUUAAAAUAAAUUCUGUUACUCUGAUUUUUGAGAUAUUGAAAAAGAUAUUCCAGAAGUCACACCAUUAAAUGUUCCUGUAAAGAAAGGAAAAAUUAUUCCUUAGCACUGAAAGUGAUAAUCUCUUGAGAGUUUGAUAUUAUAGAUUUCGGUAUAACGUCAUUGGGAAUGUGUCAGAUAUAUCAGAACAUUUUGAAUUGUGUGCUGAAUGAUGUGCAGAGUCUAGAAGAAAAAUUCCUGUCUCUAACUCACACUUAAAUCAUGCACAUAGAUAUUUAAGUAUUCCAACAAAAUAGAUAAUAGAUGGCAGUCUUUAAAUAACAUUAUUCGCAUUUACCUAAUUACCUAUUAGAUUUUUUUUAAUUCAAAUGCAUUAGUUUUUUUAUUUUACACCUCCUGUUGCUGUGAUAAGGCUUCACCAGUAUUAGGAUUUCUCUGCCUAAAGGUAUGGCUGUUUUAUCUUUAUGAACCAGAAUAUAACUGUUUAUGUGAUAAAGAUAUUU